AUGCCAGCGUUCAAUGCCACGCAGGCCGGCCCGGUGCGGUGUACGAUCGGAGCAGUGGGUGAACGAGUACACAAUGCGCCAGCGCCAGAAGCUGGGAAUCGAGGUGAAGGGCUUCGGCUCUCACCGCGUGUCCCGACGCCAGUGCAGGGCGCCCAGCAGUCCUACGUUUACGUGGGCGUGCCUGGUGGACUGCAGACCACCUCGUCCACUGCCACACAGGCGAGACAAAGCCUCGGGAGGCGGAUGUGGAAAAGCGGAAAUGGCAAGAUAAAACUUCACACCACCACCACCACACAGUGUCAACUUUGCUGCAACAUGGCAGCGCUGCAAGUGCUUCCUGUUCGUCCCGCUCCAGCCGCGGCGCCCGGUGUGGCCAGCACCCAGCGAAGUGCCCGACAAGGCCCGGCUGCAGAUGCGACGAAACCCAGAGCAGCGCUGGCCCUCGUGGCUAUAGGGGGCUGGGUUGCAGUGCAACGCCGGCAUGCUGCUGCAGCACGCGCCGUGCGUGGAGCAGAGGGAGAGGUCUCAAGCACGUCUCAGAGUGCCACCACCACUGCGAGACGGCGACUCCUGGGAGCUGCCGGUGCUGCGGCGGUAGCCCAGCAGGCUCCGGUCUUGGCAAGGACUUCGAAGACGCCGAAGCCGCCUCAGCCGACCAACGAGGUGGUGCAGACCGUGGAUGGCAUUCGGCAGAAGCGUCUGGGAAAUUCCGACCUGGUCGUCUCGGAGUUGGCGCUGGGGACGCAGCGCUGGGUCUCCGCGGACUUCAACGCACCAGAUGAGGCGCAAUGCCUGGCUUUCCUCGACCGUGCUGUGCUGGGCUCAGGGGUGAACCUCGUCGACACGGCAGAACAGUACCCGAUUCCUUCAGACAAUGCGCGCCCUGAAGGGCUUUGCGAAGAAGUGAUCGGCAGGUGGAUGGCCAAAGAAGCCGGACGACGGCGCAAACUCGUCAUUGCGACCAAGAUUACGGGAGGCUUCAAUGUAACCCCGAAAAACAUCCGAGACGACUGCGAGGGAAGUCUGAAAAGAUUGGGCACCGACUACAUCGAUGUGUACCAGACACACUGGCCGUCGCGCUACUCUCCACAAGCAAACUGGGGCCAGAGCCUCACGUACAAUUAUUCUGUGGAGGAGUUUGGCGGAAUGGGAAUGGAGGGUGCCUCCUUUGAAGAGCUGUGCUCUUCGAUGGGCGCACUGAUCAAAGAGGGCAAGAUUCGAGGAUGGGGCUUAUGCAAUGACAAUGCCUUCGGCCUCACUGCGUGCUGUGAGACCGCCAAGCGGCUUGGCGUUCCGCCGCCGAUCUCAUUCCAAGGUGACUACAGCAUGAUCGAUCGGAAGUCUGAGGAAAACGGAGUGUUUGAGGCAGCGUCUCCGGUCCAUGAGAACGUUGGCUUCAUGGCCUACAACGCACUGGCCGGGGGAAUGCUGACAGGCAAAUACAUGGACAAGCCCGCCGCCUUGGACAGCCCCUCCGAGGAUGCGGCGGAGAAGUUGAUGAAGAACCCCCGCGGCCGCAUGGACACCUACGGCUGGGGCGGCACCCUCUACCGUUAUCGAUCCGAAGCAGCGGUGGAGGCCAUUGCGGCCUACUCUGCACUCGCGAAGCGGGCGGGCAUCUCCCUGACGGAGCUUAGCCUCCGAUGGUGCCGCAGCCGCCGUGGCUGCACGACGGUGCUACUGGGAACUAGCAACAUGGCCCAGCUGGAGGAAGACCUUCGCUUUUUCCAGAACAAAGACCCCCUUCCAAGGGACCUGCUGUGGGAAAUCGACCGUGUUCACAUGAGAAACCGCCUGCCGAUCUUCUCCUCCAAGCAUGUGGACUCGAGUUGGCAGGGCGCUGGCGAGAUUGGGGAGCCAAUCCCCUGA